UCCCGGUGGUAGCGAACCCCGGCCUGACUUCUGCUUCCGGCUGCCGGAACCCGGCCGCCCUCCGCGGGCUCUCAGCUCCCCUCCGAGUCGGCCCGAGAGCAGGUGCAUUCUGUAGCUGGGCUGCAGCCAUGGAGAAAGGCCGUGGGUCUGUAUCUGCCCGCCCAGACAUCCUCUCUUUGGAGAACAGGUGCCUGGCCAUGCUUCCUAACUUACAGCCUGCAGAGAAACCUCAUGGAUAUAUGUCUGCUCACCCAGACAUCCUCUCCUUAAAGAACCAGUGCCUGGCGAGAAUUUCUGACCUGAAGUCCACAGAAAAACCACAUGGACAUGUGGCUGCCCACCCAGACAUCCUGUCCUUGGAGAACAAGUGCCUGAGUACCUUCCCUGGUAUAAAGAGCAGUGUGUCUGCCAGCUCCUUGCUCCAGCGUCUCCAGCUAUCGCACAGGCCACAUGCAGACUUGUGCAGCCUGCACACCAGCACAUGCCUGCCCUCUGAGGCCCCGAGCAGCAGGACGGCUCAGUGUCUGUCUGCUGUAGAGACAGUUCAGGAUCGUCUGUGCUGUUCCAAAGAAGAGGAAAAGUCAGAAGGGAAGGAAGAGGAAGGGGCCCAGAUGCCUGUUUAUAGCCUAAGCUUGGGAGAAGAAGAGGAGUCAGAGGAACUGGCUCCGCAGCUCACCUCUGAGGCAUUGGAGUCUCAUUCUGAGCCCACGGACCAGAACCUUCAGGAAAACAAGAUGAUUCUGAUGAGCUUACUGUGCUCUACUGUGGCCUCAAAUGUUUCCACUGAUGAUGCCAUCCUUUGUAUCUGUAAGAAACUUGCCCCCUUGGAGCCUGAGUUCAUCCUGAAGGCAUCUUUGUACGCCAGGCAGCAGCUGAACCUCCGGGAUGUGGCCAACAAGGUCUUGGCGAUUGCUGCCCUCUUGCCCCCCUGCCGCCCCCACCUGCGACGCUAUUUCUGUGCCAUCGUCCACUUGCCUUCCGACUGGAUCCAGGUCGCCGAGUUCUACCAGGAAUUGGCUAAAGGAGAGGACAGCAAGCUGGUGCCGCUGCCUGCCUGCCUCCGGGCUGCCAUGACUGAUAAAUUUGCUCAGUUCGAUGAGUACCAACUGGCUAAGUACAAUCUGCGGAAGCACCGUGCCAAGAGUCGCCCCCGCCGACCACCGCGCCCUCCAGAGCCUCGGCCUUCUAAGAGAAUAAUUUUUCCAAGGUACCUGUGUCCUAUUAGAAAAGUGCAGGUUAAGUUUGAGGCAGAGAAAAAGAAUCAGUCACAGUUCACCCUGAAGAAGUUGGUACAGAGGCUGCAUAUCCAUGAGCCGGCACAGCACGUCCAAGCCCUGCUGGGCUACAGGUACCCCUCCAGCCUCCAGCUCUUUUCUCGGAGUCGCCUCCCUGGGCCCUGGGACUCAAGCAGAGCCGGGAAACGCAUGAAGCUGCCGAGACCAGAGACCUGGGAUCGGGCGCUGAGCCUUCAGGGGAACAAAGCUUCCGUCUGGGAGGAGCUCAUUGACAGCGGGAAGCUUCCCUUCAUGGCCAUGCUGCGGAACCUGCGCAACCUGCUGCGGGUGGGAAUCAGCGCUGCCCACCACGAGCUCAUCCUCCAGCGGCUCCAGCACGCGGAGUCGGUGAUCCACAGUCGGCAGUUGCCCUUCAGAUUUCUUAAUGCCCAUGAUGCCAUCAAUGACCUGGAAACUCAACUCAGCAAUCAAGCACUUCCCUUUCCUUCUAACACCAAGCUGCUGAGGCAGAUAAUGAUUAGAAACUCAAAAUGUUACAAGAAGUACCCACGGUACCUUUGCACGCUGAGUCGCCGGAAGCUUCGAACAGCAAUGAUGAUCCCUGGGAUAUAUGCACAGCUCAAGCGGGAGAAGCUGAGAGUACACAAGGCCAGACAGUGCAACUUCGACACUGAGCUGCUGGCCCGGUAUCGACAGGCCCUGGAGGCAGCCGUGAGCCUCUCUGUGAAGCACAACCUGCCACCGCUGCCAGGUCGCACCCACUUGGUCUACCUGACGGAUGCUGGUGCAGACCACUUCUGUGCCAAGAGCAACGCACAAGGGGCCCCCCUGAACUAUGUGCUGCUACUGCUGGGAAUGAUGGUGGCGCGGGCAGAGCAGGCUGAGGUCGCGCUGUGUGGAAGUGGCAUGCUGAAGAUUGCCGAGCUGGCAGCGGGGGAAGGGAUCCUGCAGACAGCCCUCAGGCUCCAGGCUCAAGUCCAGGAGUUGGAGGAAGGGGAGGAGCAGCCCCUGGUUACUUUCAAGAAGUACCUGCUGUCUCUGGCUGUCCAGAGGGUCCCUAUGGACAGGGUGGUCCUGUUUGGUCAUGCGAUGUGUCAGGAGAUGUUGCUUGUAGCUCCACACCUUAUCUGGCAGCAUGUGAAUCCCAAAUGUCUCUUUGUUAGUGUCCUCCUAAGGAAAACAGUUGGAUUUACAAGUUCAAAUCCCAAUGAGGUGACGCUCUCAGGCUGCACGGACGGGAUACUGAAGUUCAUUGCAGAGCGUGGGGCCUCCCGUCUUCUGGAGCACGUGGGCCAGAUGGACAGAAUAUUCAAGAUACCUCCACCCUUGGGAAAGACGCAGGUCCCGACUCUCCGGCCACUGGAGGAGGACGCCCCCAGCCGCUUGGCUCCUCUGUCGCAGCCUGGCUGGCGCAGCAUCCGGCUGUUCAUUUCCUCCACCUUCCGGGACAUGCAUGGGGAGCGGGACCUGCUGCUGAGGUCCGUGUUGCCAGCACUGCAGGCCCGAGCUGCCUCUCACCGCAUCAGCCUCCAUGGUAUCGACCUGCGCUGGGGCAUCACCGAGGAGGAGACCCGCAAGAACAGACAGCUGGAAGUGUGCCUUGGGGAGGUGGAGAACUCACAGCUAUUUGUGGGGAUUCUGGGCUCCCGCUAUGGCUACGUUCCCCCCAACUACAGCCUUCCUGACCAUCCUCACUUCCGCUGGGCCCAGCAGUACCCACCAGGCCGCUCCAUGACAGAGAUGGAGGUGAUGCAGUUCCUGAACCGGGACCAAGGCCUGCAGCCCUCUGCCCAGGCUCUCAUCUACCUCCGGGAUUCCAGUUUCCUCAGCUCUGUGCCAGAGAACUGGAGAGCUGACUUUGCUGCUGAGUCAGAAGAGGCCACCCAGCGGAUGUCCGAACUGAAGAGUUACCUCAGCAGACAGAAAAGGGUCACCUGUCGUAGAUACUCCUGUGAAUGGGGGGGCGUAGCCGCUGGCCGGCCCUACACUGGGGGACUAGAGGAGUUUGGGCAGCUGGUUCUCCAGGAUGUGUGGAGCAUGAUCCAGAAGCUCUACCUACAGCCUGGGGCUGAGCUGCAGCAGCCAGCGUCCAUCUCGGAGGAUGACGUGGUGCAGGCCACCUUUCAGGAGCUAUGGAGCCCAUCAAGUCCUGCCCGGCCGAAGCUGCUUCGUGACACAGUGAGGCAGCUGAUGCUGCCCCGUGGGACGCUGAGCCUGGUGACAGGGCAGUCAGGACAGGGCAAGACCACCUUCCUGGCAUCCCUCGUGUCUGCUCUGCAGGCUCCUGAUGGAGUCAAAGUGGCACCCACAGUCUUCUUCCACUUCUCAGGGGCCCGCCCUGACCAGGCUCUUGCCCUCAACCUGCUCCGGCGCCUGUGUACCCAUCUGCAUGGAAAACUGCACAAAGCCAGUGCCCUCCCCAGCUCAUACCGCCGCCUGGUGUGGGAGCUCCAGCACAAGCUGCUACCCGAAUGCGCUGAGACCCUGCAGCCUGGCCAGACCCUGGUCCUGAUCAUCGACGGGGCUGACAAGUUGGUGAAUGAGAAUGGGCAGCUGAUGUCGGAUUGGAUCCCAAAGUCCCUUCCCCGGUGGGUCCACCUGGUGCUGAGUGUGUCUAGCAACUCUGGCCUUGGGGAGACUCUUGAGCAGAGCCAAGCAGCCCACGUGGUAACCCUGGGGCCCCUGGAACCAUCUGUCCGGGCCCAGCUGGUGAGGGAGGAGCUAGCACUCUAUGGGAAGAGGCUGGAGGAGUCACCUUUCAACAACCAGAUGCAACUGCUGCUAGUGAAGUGGGCAUCAGGCCUGCCUCUCUACCUGCGCCUGGUCACGGACCACUUGAGGCUCUUCACGCUCUAUGAGCAGGUGUCUGAGAGACUUCGCUCCCUGCCUGCCACUGUGCCCCUGCUGCUGGAGCACAUCCUGAGCACCCUGGAGCACGAGCACGGCCGUGAUGUCCUUCCCCAAACCUUAGCCUCCCUGGAAGUCACACGCAGUGGUCUGACUGUGGAGCAGCUGCAUGCGGUGCUCAGUGCGUGGCAGAUUCUACCCAAGGGGACCAAGAGCUGGGAAGAAGCGGUGGCUGCAGGGAACAGUGGAGAGCCCUACCCCAUGGGCCCAUUUGCCUAUCUGGUGCAGAGCCUGCGCAGUUUGCUAGGGGAGGGGCCUCUGGAGCGCCCUGGUGCCCGCCUCUGUCUCCCGGAUGGACCCCUGAAGACAGCAGCCAAACGCCGCUAUGGAAAAAGGCGAGGGCUGGAGGACACAGCCCAUGUCCUUAUUGCAGCUCUGCUGUGGAAGGCAUGUGACCCUGAUGCUUCAGGCUUUUUCCGACGUUGCCCUCCAGAGGCUCUGGGAGACCUGCCUUACCACCUGCUCCUGAGCGGGCACCGGGCCCUCCUGGCGAAGUUCCUCACCAGUCUGCACGUGGUGGCUGCACACCUGGACUUGGGCCUGCUCCCCCGGCUCUUGGAGGCGCACGCCCUCUAUGCUUCUUCAGGCCCUGAGGAGGAACCAAAGCUCCCUGAGGCUGAUGUGGCAGCAUUCCGCACCUUCCUGAGGCAGCAGGCCCCAGUCCUCAGCCGCUACCCCCGACUUCUACGCCAGCAGGCAGCCAACCAACCUGCAGACUCACCUGUGUGCUGCCAGGCCCCGCUGCUCUCCCAGCGAGGGCACCUCCAGCGCAUGCUGCGAUGGCUCAAUAAACCCCAGAGUGUGCGGGGUCAGCACAGCUCCAGCACGUCUCUGGCAAUUUCCUCAUCCCCCACUGCCGUGGCCAUCUCUCUUAAUGGACAAAGAGCAGCUGUGGGCACUGCCAAUGGGACAGUUUACCUUUUGAACCUGAGAACCUGGCAGGAGGAAAAAUCUGUGGUGAGUGGCUGUGAUGGGAUCUCGUCCUGCACUUUUGUCUCAGACAACGCCCUGUUCCUUUCUGCCUUUGAUGGGCUCCUGGAGCUCUGGGACCUGCAGUGCGGUUGUCGGGUGCUGCAGACCCAGGCUCACCAAUACCAAAUCACGGACUGCUGCCUGAGCCCUGACCGACGGCUGCUGGCCACCGUGUGCCUGGGAGGCUGCCUAAAGCUGUGGGACACGGUCCGUGGGCAGCUGUCUUUCCAGCACACUGGUGCCAAGCCCCUCAACUGCCUUGCCUUCCACCCAGAGGGGCAAGCACUGGCCACUGGCAGCUGGGCAGGCAGCAUCAGCUUCUUCCAGGUGGAAGGACUCAAAGCCACCAAGGAACUGGGGGCCCCUGGAUCCUCUGUUCGAACUUUGGCCUUCAAUGCACCUGGGCGGGUCGUAGCUGUGGGUCGGCUGGACAGGAUGGUCGAGCUGUGGGCCUGGCAAGAGGGGGCCCGGCUGGCCACCUUCCCUGCCCACUGUGGCUUUGUUUCUGCUGUGCUUUUCCUGCAUGCCCAAAACCAGUUGCUGACUGCUGGCGAGGACGGCAAGGUUCAGGUGUGGUCAGGCUCUCUGGGUCGACCUCGGGGAUGCCUGGGCUCCCUUCCUCUCUCUCCUGCCCUCUCGGUGGCACUCAGCCUAGACAGCAAGCGGGUGGCAGUUGGGUACCGAACAGAUGGCAUUAAGAUCUACAGAGUCCCUUCAGGUUCCCAGCUGGUGCAGGGUCCAAUGCUAGAGGUGGCAGUGUCUGCACUGGCCUGGCUGAGUCCCCAGGUGUUGGUGAGUGGUACAGAAGAUGGCACCCUGCAGGGCUGGCUGCUCAAGGAAAGCACCCUUCAGUCCCUCUGGCUUCUGCCCCAAAACCAGAAGGCGGUGCUGGGACUGGCCAGCUGCCAGCAUCUCCUGGCUUCUGCGUCAGAGGAUUGCACAGUCCGGCUCUGGCCCAAACAGUUGCUGACUCAGCAGCACAAGACUGGAGACUUGCCCUGUGCCGCUGAGCUCCGGGGACAUGAGGGCCCUGUAAGCUGCUGUAGCUUCAGCGUGGAUGGAGGCAGCCUGGCCACUGGGGGCAGGGACCAGAGUCUCCUCUGCUGGGACGUGAGGACACCACAGACCCCACUUCUGAUGCGCUCCUUCCCCGCGUGUCACCGUGAUUGGGUUACUGGCUGUGCCUGGACCAAAGAUAACCUACUGAUUUCCUGCUCCAGUGAUGGCUCUGUGGGGCUGUGGGACCCCAAGUCGGGACAGCAGCUCGGUCAUUUCCUGGGUCAUCAGAGUGCUGUGAGCACCGUAGUGGCUGUGGCAGAACACGUGGUGUCUGUGGACCGGGACGGGACCUUGAAAGUGUGGGCCCGUGGAGGUGUGGAGCUGACCAGCAUCCCUGCCCACUCAGGACCCAUCAGCCAGUGCGCAGCUGCCCUGGAGCCCCGCCCAGCAAGACAGUCUGGCUCAGAGCUCCUGGUGGUGACUGUUGGACUGGAUGGGGCCACACGGCUGUGGCAUCCACUCAUGGUGUGGCAGACACACAUCCUCCCGGGACACGGUGGUCCGGUGAGUGCAGCUGCCAUCUGCCAGAGCUCAGGCCUCCUGCUGACUGCCUCAGAAGAAGGAUCAGUGCGGCUCUGUCAGGUCCCUGAGAAAGCAGAUGACACCAGCACACCUAGAAGUUUCGCAGCCAUCACCGCUGUGGCCUGGGCACCAGAUGGGUCUGUGGCCGUGUCUGGAAAUCAGGCUGGGGAAUUAACCCUGUGGCAGGAAGCCAAGGCCGUGGCCACAGCACAGGCUCCAGGCCGAGUCAGCGCCCUGCUCUGGUUCUCAGCAGACACCUUCUUUGUUCUCAGUGAUGAUGAAAAGAUCAGCAAGUGGCGAGUGCAUGGGUUAGAGCGGCAGACGGCUUCGACUUCCAGAAGACUGAGUCUUCACCUGAACCAAGUUCUGCAAGAAGUGGGGAUCCUGACAAGUCUGGAACUGGCCCCCAAUGGUCUUUCUCUCAUCUUGGUCAGUGCAGAUUUGGAAAUACUACAACUGACCCCUGGGAACGCUCCGCGUGUAAUCGCGGACAAGCUUGGAAUUCAUCCUAUACUGUUGUCCACCCACAAGGAGCAUGGUGUGUUCUUCCUGCACACAAGACACCCUGGAUGUCUUUCUUUCUUGAAGCAAAAGGAAACAGGAGAGUUUGAAGAGAGAUUGGAGUUUUAUAUAGAUUUAGAGAACCCUAGCGGGUCCUCAGUAUUGACUCAGGCCAAACCUGAAUCUGAGUGCUCGUUCCUGUGUGCCAGCUCCGAUGGAGUGCUGUGGACCCUGGCUGGAUGCAGCCCUGAAGGAGGAUGGACCACAGGUAACAUGUGGCAGACAAAAGAACCUGAAGACCAGGCUUCAGGGACAGACGCAUCAGAUGCCAGCAUGGCCAACUGGCCGAGAAUGGGGCUAAAGAUGCAGCAGUGUAGAAAGAUUCACUCAGACUCUGUCACAGCCCUCCAUGUGCUGCCUGAGUUGCUGGUGACAGGAUCAAAGGACAGAGAUGUUAAGCUGUGGGCAAGACCCAGUAUGCAGCUGCUGGGCCUGUUCCGAUGUGAAGGGGCAGUGAGCUGCCUGCAGCCCUGGCAGGGCCCUGACUCCACCCUGCGGCUCGCUGUGGGAGACACACAGGGCAAUGUGUACUUUCUGUCCUGGGAAUGAAAGUGCACUGCUGGGGAAAGCUGAUCACUUGUGCUAGAGAUGCAAAGCCUGAAAGUACUCUGGCUGCCUCCUUCCUGUGAUGAUGCAAAUAAAGUGUCCCUAUGUCUCCAGUA